AUGGACUUAUACUACAGCAAUGACUCCUUCGACUGCCACAAAGUCCGCAUGAUGCUCGAAGAGAAGGGCCUCCCUUGCCGGCUGUGUCAUGUAGACUUUGUCGGAGCGGCGAACCUCGAGCCUUGGUUCUUGCGGCUCAAUCCGAAGGGAACGGUCCCGUUGCUCGUUUACGGAAGCAACACAAUCACGGACACCAACGAGAUCCUCAGGUACUUCGACAGCAUCGGCCAGCCAAUGGGUGGAUCGAUAGUCGACCACGACGCGGCUGCCACGUGGCUUAAUCGCGUCGCAUCGUGGGACGAGGAGGCGCUCGCUUACUCCAAGAUGUCUCUCGGCGCUGCGCAGUCCGUCACGCGCUUCCGCCGCCGCGUGUGCGUCGAGCGCAUGGCACGCAAUCCCGAUCUCGUCAGCGCGUACGGCGCUCUGCUCGCGCGCUACCAAACCCUGGAAGCGACGAUCGCGGCGGGACACGCGGCGGCGACGUCGCUCCGUCAGCUCGAGGCGCUUCUGGACGAAGCGGAACGCACUCUGUCAGACCCCAACAAUGUAUUCCUGGCCGGAAAGGAAGCGUCCAUCGCGGACGUCUGCUUUGCGCCGGUUCUCGCCUCAGUAGACCGAUUAGGAAUCUCUCAAAAGCUGCUUAAAACGCGUCCGGCUUUAGCGGAGUACAACAAGCGGAUGAGUCGGCGGCAGAGCUACCGGACAGCCGUGGUCUGGCCAACCAGUUUUGCAGCGAAGGUCGCCAAUGUGCCUGCGGUCGUCGCUGCGGGGUGCAGGCGACUGAGCAGACGGUACUAG